UUGAUCCCAGGUACCUUGCAGUAGACAUGAAGCUCACAAUCUUGGGGCUGCUGGUGUUCUGCUUGGUGAAGAGUUGGCGUGCGCGGAAGAUUGCCAUUGGCCUCGCGUUCGUGGUUGGAAUCAUCGCGCCCGCGGUCUGCACCUUCUUGCAAAACCUGAACGCUAUACACCUCGUGUCGCCUGAGUAAGGAAUUUAUCCGAUAACUUCUGCUUCAUAGAUAGAAUAGAAUAAAAUAAACUUUAUUCAGGAUGUUGAAACAACAAAAACUUAACUAACACUUGUCACAAAAAUACUAGGUACUAAAAUGAUUUCCACUCAGCUUGCUGUUAAGUUACCUUAUGGAUACCUUGACGCUGGUCUUCCCUGUACACCUUUCCAUAAAACGCGCCAAUAUUUAUACAAAUAAAUUAGCUUGAUGUCUUUUUAGGGUUCCGUAGCCAAAUGGCAAAAUACGGAACCCUUAUAGAUUUCUGUCUGUCCGAUUAUGUCACAGCCACUUUUUGUGGACUUCGUUAAAGCUUAGAAUUUUCAAAAGCAUCUUAUUUCAGAGUCGCUCGCAACUACUUCGUGGAGGACCCAACCUUCAACAACCUGUAUAAGCGGACGCACACUAACAUCGUGUGCUAUGCCAUGGGCAUGGCCCUCGGCAUGUGGAUCUACAAGAGAAUGCAGACCGGUGUGGACGUGGCUAAGUAUAAAAAAUACCGCCCCAUAUACUGGUCAACGGUUCCCAUCGGUGUGGUGCUGUGUGCGCUCGGCGGCAUCUUCUACAUCGACGGCAUCCAGGUCCCGCUGCUAUUGCGCAUGGCGUACUCGCCGGGCAUCAAGCUGAUGUUCGGGCUGAUUGCAUUCGUGCUGAUUCCUGGAACCAUCUUUAAACUGGAGAGUAAGUAUGAGUGGAUGCUCAAGCGGCGUCGAUCAGCAGGUCGUCCAGCGCGGCGACCACGUUAA